AUGGCGAAAACUGAGCUUCCUCUUACCUCUGGGGACGUUGAAAGCGAAGCGAAGCGGCAUGAGUUCGACGUCAAAAUCACGCCCAAACCAUUUGUCUCAUUGGCGUCCGCCGCUGGAGAUGUCUGUCCUCAAGCUGCACCCCUCGUUCCCACCUCCCCGCUAAUGGCAGAGCUCGAUGAGGAGUAUGCAACGGAGGGGUUCAAGGCGCGUGCAAUCAACGCGCUAAGUGGUGCUGUCCAGAUCCCUACCCAGAUGUGGGACGACCUGGAACCCCCUGGUCAGGAUCCGCGCUGGGAAAUCUUCAGUGACAUGCACGCAUAUCUUGCGAAAACAUUCCCUCUCGUUCACUCAACGUUGCGUAAAACUGAGGUGAACAUUUACGCCCUUGUCUAUCACUGGCAGGGAACGGACCAUUCCUUGAAACCCAUGCUGUUGACGGCUCACCAAGACGUUGUGCCUGUCGAGCCAGUCACUCUUGACCAGUGGAUUCAGCCGCCGUUCUCCGGAUACUAUGACGGUAGUGAAUGGAUUUGGGGCCGGGGCAGCUGUGACGACAAGCCCGGUCUCAUCAGUACCAUGCUAUCCAUCGAAAAGCUGUUAGAGAAAGGUUUCCGGCCGAAAAGAAGCAUCGUUCUCGCUUAUGGCAUCGACGAAGAACGCAGCGGAGUAUCCGGCGCUUCUGCCAUUUCCGAAUUUCUUCUGAACACGUACGGCGAGGAUGCGUUCUCAAUCAUUGUCGACGAGGGUGGCCACUACACCGUUCGAGGCGAUACCAUCAUGUCCAACCCUGCAGUUGCCGAGAAGGGCAAGUUAAAUGCCAAGAUAGAGCUUUCCGCUCCCGGUGGUCACUCGAGUGUCCCGCCUCGUCACCCUACCAUCGGCAUGCUCGCCCGCAUGAUCACAGAGCUCGAAGCCAACCCUCACACGCCACACCUCAACCGUAGUUCCACCUACUAUUCUCAGCUGCAAUGCCAGGCGCAGCACGACCCAGUGUUCUCUGGCCAUUUCAAGAAGCUGAUCAAGGACUCGAUAGCGAGCGACACGGCCUUGGCUCAGCUGGAGGAGGAGCUCAAGAGCACUGACAGGAUGUUCGGACCCCUUGCCGGAACAACACAGGCGGUCGAUAUUAUACAUGGUGGCGUAAAGUCUAAUGCGCUCCCGGAGAAUGCCUAUAUCAUUGUCAACCAUAGAAUUGACACCAUGAGUUCUGUUGCCACAGUCAAGGCGCACGUCGCCGGUACCAUUGGCCCUAUCGCGCAUGCCUUCAACCUUUCUGUGGAUGCGUUCGGUGAGCAGUACGGCGACUUGAAGAAGGGUAGUGCAUUCGGCCAUCUCGAGAUGGUGGACGCUUACGGCACUGAGCUUGAGCCCGCCCCCGUCACUCCAACUUUUGGGAGCGGUCCCUAUGAGCUGCUCGCCGGCACGAUCAUCAGCUCGCUGGGUACCUCUCCUCGGUCUGACAUUCCUAAGAAGGCAUUCCUCGCGCCCACUCUCUCUACUGAUACCAAGUGGUACUGGAAGCUGACGAAGCACAUCUUCCGUUACGGACAUGUCAACUCCGGUGAUAGUUACAAUGGUGCUCACACUGUCAACGAAGGCGAGUCCAAAAAUGACCAGACGACAUUACUUGGAAUCUAA